UCUCGGUAGCGGCCGAAGGGGCGGACUCGAGGGCUGAGCGAGUCUCAGCGGCUGGCGGCUCGCUCGGCGGCGCAAGAUGGCGGACAUCUCCCUGGACGAGCUCAUCCGGAAGCGCGGGGCCGCGGCGAAGGGGCGAUUGAACACUAGGCCGGGCGUCGGGGGUGUCCGAUCUCGGCCUGGGCUGCAGCAGGGCCUGCUCAGCCAGCCUGCACGCACGGCCACCUUCCAGCAGAGAUUUGACGCCCGGCAGAAGAUUGGCCUCUCGGAUGCCCGGCUCAAGCUGGGCGUCAAGGAUGCCCGAGAAAAGCUUUUGCAGAAAGAUGCCCGCUUCCGGAUCAAAGGGAAGGUGCAGGACGCCAGAGAGAUGCUGAACUCCCGCAAACAGCAGAGUGCUGCGCCCCAGAAGCCCCGCCAGAUGGCGGAUGCCCGGGAGAAGAUCAGCUUGAAGCGGAGUUCCCCCGCAUCCUUCAUGGGCCCCCCCAUCGGGACGGUGACCCCUGCUCUGAAGCUCACCAAAACCAUCCAGGUCCCUCAGCAGAAGGCCAUGGCCCCUCUUCACGCCCACCCUGCAGGGAUGAGGAUCAAUGUUGUCAAUAACCACCAGGCCAAACAGAACUUAUACGACCUGGACGAAGACGACGACAUCGCCGCUCCCGUUCCUAGUAAACAGAUGAAGGUCGCGGCCUCGGGCAGCUUCCUUCACCACGGGCCCGGGCUGAGCAGCUCCAAGCUUUCCUCGUCCAAGGCCCUCCCGCUCACCAAAGUGGUCCAGAAUGACGCCUACACCGCGCCCGCACUCCCCUCCUCUGUUCGAACAAAAGCUCUGACCAACAUGUCCCGGACACUAGUGAACAAGGAGGAGCCCCCCAAAGAGCUGCCACCUGCUGAGCCUGUCCUCAGCCCUUUGGAAGGCACCAAGAUGACCGUGAACAACCUGCACCCUCGCGUCACCGAGGAGGACAUCGUCGAGCUUUUCUGCGUGUGUGGAGCCCUGAAGCGGGCCCGGCUGGUGCACCCUGGGGUCGCAGAGGUGGUCUUCGUGAAGAAGGAUGACGCCAUCACUGCGUAUAAGAAGUACAACAACCGUUGUCUGGAUGGGCAGCCCAUGAAGUGCAACCUUCACAUGAAUGGGAACGUCAUCACCUCAGACCAGCCCAUCCUGCUACGGCUGAGUGACAGCCCCGCAGUCAGAAAGGAGAGCGAGCUGCCUCGCAGGGUGAAUUCUGCCACUGCGUCCCACCCGCCUGCCGAAGUGGACCCUGACACCAUCCUGAAGGCGCUCUUCAAGUCCUCGGGGGCCUCUGUGACCACACAGCCCACAGAGUUCAAAAUCAAACUGUGAGGCGGGAGCGGGCAGGGGAGGGCAGCUCUGUUGCCCAGAGCCCGCCCGUGGCCAGCAGCUCGUUGGACUGGAGACCCUGAGUGAGGGCUGCGGGGCAGAGCGCUUCCUGGCCGGGCCCGCCUUCGUGCUGUGCUCUGUCCUGUAUGUCCUGUGCGUCGCCCUGUCCCGUAGUGUCUCCCUCCACCUCACCCAAGAUAGGCUUGUGUUUCUGUGUUGCCCCAACCUCAGCCCACACUGAUGACGCACGUGGACACGGCGCCCCAGUUCUCGGGGUGGCUUCUGGGCGGCCCUAGAAUGCGGGCCAGGACCAUUGGAAGGGUUCUGCUUUCUCGAGGCGGGUAAGGCCUUUCCUCCCCUUUUUAAACUUUUCAAACAAUUUAGGGAUUGAAACCUGCCAUCCUGGUGGGGUCCAGGUCAACUAAGGCAGAGCCCCCCCGCCCCCCGCCCCCCCAGGUUGAUGGGGAUGGCUGGGGUGGAGUCGUCACAGACCCAUCCUCUCACCAAGGCUACCCACGCCGGUGGUCUGCAGAGGGCCACGAGGCGCAGGCGGGCGGAGCUGCUCUUCAGGAGGCGUGCACACCUGCUCUGGGUGGAGGCCUCGCGUUCCCAGGCGCGUUCCCGGCCGCCCAGCGUCACCUCGGGCCACGCCAGCUCAUGUUAACCCUGGGUUAUGCCGAGCUUCCAUUCGCGCUCUCUGGCUGGCUGUGUGUCGCGGCUGGGAGGGCCUCGGGCUCCCUCCCAGGUCCCACCUGGCGUGGCCCUCGGACAGCCUGGGCUGGGUGUAAAUGUCAGCUCUCGGCCAGCUGGAUCUGAAGGGUCUGCCGCCUCCGUGAAGUUGUGUUUAACGGGAGGUGCUAGCUUGCUCCCAGCUCUGCUUUCAGUCCUCUGGGUUUCCAGGACAAUAGUUGGGGAGGCUGAGAAGUCCAGCCUCCAGGAGAGGAGUGUGCCGCCCUGUGUCUGACUCAGCCUCCACGACCUGGGGCGCUUUCCUGCUGCUGCCCUGGAGUGGGGAGAAGGUGGUGGGCCGGGAGUGUAGAACAGGCCUCUGGGUGAAAGGCAGAGCCAGCAGCCCCUGAGCGCCAGGCCACGUUGCCCCACACUGGCCGUCUCCUGCUGCUGAGUGGGACUGCCGGAGGAAUCAGGCUGGCAGCGCUGGGACCAGAGCCUGGGUUCUAGGCUCUGCAGAAUCAGUAGCCACGUGGUAAAAGUUAUAGUCCAGAAAAUUAAGGGAACCUGAGAUACUGAGCGUCUUCCAUGCCCUGCUUGAGGCUGCCCCAGUGAAGAAAAACCUAGAAACUCAUGUUUGUCAAGCAGGAAGGACCUGAGGUUUGAGUCUAGCUCUGCAGCCCGGACCUGGGAAACCCAAGGGGUGUGCGUUAUAGUGUCCACUUUCUGGUUCUUUCAAGAACGCUGCUUCCUUCCAGAAUUAGUUUUCUUCAGCAGCUGAAGACAUUCCUCCUACACUUUGCCUUCUUGGGCCAGAGAGCGUCCAGGCAGCAGGGCCCAGUUUCUCAAGUUCUGGGGAGUCGGGGUACUGCCUCGACUGCUCUGAACCUGCCUGACUUCACCACCGGCCCCUCCAGCCCACGCCAGGCUGUUCCGGCUUAGGAACUUCAUUGAGUGGCGGAUGGCCGUGCCCUGGCCACCUGGGUGCCGCCCUUCGGACAGCCAUUUGGGACUUUCCGGGUGGUGGCUGUGGCCGCCCUGCUCUUGAUGGGCUGUGUCUGGGUGACGGGGAGAGCUGGGCCGUCCGUGUCCCUCCACACCCCACUCCCCUGCAUCACCAUCUGUUUCUGUUGUUCAGAAGGGGAGGGAGAGGCAUUAAGGGAUGGAGGGGCUGUGUUAACCAUUUCUGAAUAAACGUUUGUUAUUCCUACCC